AUGUCAGGCAUGGACAACAUGGACCGAGGUUUCUUCCGGAAGGUAGACGUGCCAGACCAAGCUCAUUACAUCGUGGCCUGCUUCGUUGUGGUGAUCGGAGCAGUGGGGGUCGGUGGGAAUGCCCUGGUGAUGUACGCCUUCUUCAGUAACAAGAAGCUCCGGACUCCUCCCAACUAUUUCAUCAUGAAUCUGGCAGUGAGUGACUUCCUCAUGGCCAUCACACAGUCCCCUAUCUUCUUUGUCAACUGUCUCUACAAGGAGUGGGUUUUUGGAGAAACAGGCUGUAAGAUGUAUGCCUUCUGUGGGGCCUUAUUUGGGAUCACCUCCAUGAUCAACCUGCUGGCUAUCUCCAUUGACCGCUACAUCGUCAUCACCAAGCCCCUACAGGCCCUCCACUGGACCUCUAAACGCCGCACUUCCGUUGUCAUCGUCAUUGUCUGGCUCUACUCGCUGUGCUGGAGCCUGGCGCCUCUCUUUGGCUGGAGUUCUUAUAUCCCUGAGGGCCUGAUGACCUCCUGUACGUGGGAUUAUGUGACCUCCACACCAGCCAAUAGGAGUUACACUCUGAUGCUAUGCAUCUUUGUGUUCUUCAUCCCACUGGGCAUCAUCUCCUACUGCUACCUCUGCAUGUUCCUGGCCAUACGCACUGCCAGUAGAGACAUGGAGAAACUGGGCAGUCAGGUGAGGAAGUCCACCCUCAUCCAGCAGCAGUCCAUCAAGACAGAGUGGAAGCUGGCCAAGAUCGCCUUUGUGGUCAUCAUCGUCUAUGUGAUGUCCUGGUCUCCCUACGCCUGCGUCACCCUCAUCGCCUGGGCUGGCUAUGGACGUGCCCUCAGCCCCUACUCCAAGGCCGUCCCUGCUGUCAUUGCCAAAGCCUCAGCCAUCUAUAACCCUUUCAUCUAUGCCAUCAUCCACUCUAAGUACAGAGACACUCUGGCAGAGAAGGUUCCCUGUCUGCACUUCCUGGCCCAACCCCACAGGAAUGGCUGUAUCUCUAUGUCCAACAGCGAGUCCUCCUUCAGGGACCCUAUGCUCAGCAGACAGUCCUCCACCUCCAAGACCAAGUUCCAUAAAGUGUCCUCCAUGUCCACCAGAGACACACAGGUGUGGAGUGACGUGGAGCUGGACCCCUUCGACCAGCAGAGCCAGACUCUGAGAAUCAGCCACUCCUCUGGAGCUCUGAGAGUGAAGGAGUGCAGACAGUCAGCCCAGCAGCAGGCAGAAAAAGGAGGCUGGGGAGGGGUGGCAGGAGGAGGAGAAGACCCAGGAGAGAGCCCCGCCAGUCAGCUCAGGAGGAGGUGGAGGAGCCCCCCCCCCCGCGCCUCCUCACCCCCCAGGUCCCCCAGCACCCUGAACAACAACAAACACAGAGACUCUGCAGUUCCACACAUCAUCAGCCCCUCGUCAGAGACGACAGGGCACUAUAAGGGGGAGGAGCAUGGAGCACAGACCCGUGAGGAGAACAUGCUACUGGGCCUGCAGAGCUUAAACUGCUCCAAUGAACUGCUGGAGUUGGUUGAAAAGUUCCUCUCCUGAAACCCCCCUGGGGAGGCUGUCUGAAGGCGUUGCUGUAUGCAUGAUGUGUGGAUGUGGUACUGUCACAAUAUUGUACAAUACAGACGAUAGAGAGCAAGUGACGAUUGUCAUGGUCCAAGAAGGUUAUACUUAUAUUAAAUACAAUCAGCUGUAAACAGAAUCACCUUUAAUCACUACUGUUCUUCAGUCGCAACUCUCUGUGUGUAGCCAAUCAGCUUCUAAUGCUUUCACAACUGUCAGAGUAUGUGUAAUCUACUGUAUGAUCUUGACACACUUCUGUCCAGUGUUUGUCUUAUGUAUGGCCUUAUGUUUUAAUGACAAACAAAUAUCUCAUGACAAACAAUCCUUUGGUCUCCUACAGCAGGCUACUGAGUAGGUUGUCCUAUACCUGUUUUAAGGCCUGAGUAGAAUCUACCAUCACCGCACAAGGACGUAAGGACACUGUAAAGACUCGGAUGGACUUGUUUUUUGGGAUCAACCCAGCAGGUCGAAGGAUCUUUCUGAAAGUGCGCAUUCUAAAACCAAGAAGCACAUAAUAUGAGGACCAACUGAUUCACCAGAAAUCAAGAUCCACUUGAUUCAAACCAAAUGAUGCAGCCCAAUCCAAAUCCAAAACAUCUAGACUAGAGAGAGUUAGAAAGGCUCAAGCACUGUUACUAUACAUACGAUACACUUUCCUUAGGGUGACAUUUUGUGUAAAGGAGGAGUAUAGAAAAUGUAGUAAUUUCGUAUGAUUUAACCUUUGGAAACUAAAUCAUACAAUUACUGAAAUGUUUAGAGUAUUUUGUGCGUGACUGUACAAGGUUUGAUUACCACUUGUUUUUUCAACUGUCUACUACUGGGUUUGGAAUCCCCAUGGACUGUGGAGCAUUUCCUUAUUAUCUGUCACAAGUACUGUAUGUUCUGUUGUAUGUGCACAUGUACAGUAUUUCCUGUAGGUACCAGGUUUAUAUUAUGUGUCGCUUUGAGAAGAAGGAUGGCAGUUUCUAUAUCAAACUCUGAAUAACCCUGAUCGAACCUAAAGUCAUAUUUUGGAAGGGAACUCGAUGCCGGAGUGAUAUUGGUUAAGUUUCUUUACCUAUGGGAUAUGUGUUAUUUCAGAUGAGGAAAUAC